AACUUACACUCUGUUUUGUGUCGGCACAAAAAUCCAUUCCACUCCCCCAAUCUCCUCUUCAUAAUUCAUAAGAAUUCAUAUUAUUUUCCCUCAAAUUCCCACUUUCAAAGUUUCAAUCUUUUUUCAAUUUUCAGCUUCCUCUGCCCUGCCCUGCCCCAACCCAAAAAUGAUGAAGAGGAAACCCAAUCAUCAGAAUGUGGUUGGCGCCUCGCCGACGUCGUCUUCUUCCUCGACCAAAUGGGAAAUCAGGCCCGGCGGAAUGCUGGUCCAGAAGCGCACCGAGAAAUCGGAGUCUUCGGCGACGAUUCUCCGACUUCGAAUCGCCUUCGGAGCCGUCCGAUUAGAGAUCCAGAUCAGCUCACAAGCAACAUUCGGGGAGGUGAAGAGGGCGGUGGCGGCGGAGACGGGGCUGAAGGCGACGGAGCAGAAGGUGUUAUACAGAGGGAAAGAGAGGGAAAAUGGAGAAUAUUUGGAGGCGUGUGGAGUUAAAGACAGAUCGAAAAUGGUGGUGGUGGAGGAUCCGGCCAGCAUCGAGAGAAGAUACAUUGAGACAACAAGAAACGCCAAAAUCAACACCGCUCAUCGUGCCAUAUCCCACGUCUCCAUGGACCUUGAUAAGCUGGCGGACCAGGUUUCAACAAUAGAAGAGUCAAUCUCAAGUGGAGUGAAGGUUCCAGAAAUUCAGAUCAGCACUCUGAUAGAAAUGCUGAUGAUGCAAGCCAUCAAACUAGACAACAUUGUUGCAGAAGGAGAUGCUUCUACUCAGAAACUUUUACAGGGAAAGAGAGUGCAGAAAUGUGUGGAAAUGCUUGAUGUGCUGAAGGUAACAAAUGCAAGAGUGAAAGUUGUAAAGCCUGUAAUUGUGACUACAAAAUGGGAGACUU